AUGCCUAGUUUCGACAGACCCAACAAGCCGGUUGCCUGCACCCUCGUUCCUGGAACCCCCCCUCCAGGGAAGACCGGGAACAGAGGAGUGGCCAAAAGAGAAGACGAAGAGGCAGGAGUACGGGUGUUGCAUCAACCAUUGGGCGAGUGGGGGAGUGGGAGGAGCACUAUAAAAGACCAGCGGGCCCCCGCUUUGGAUCAGAUCUUCGCAGACAUGCUGUCCAGGCUUAUCAUUCUCCUCCUGGCUGCUGCCAUAGCACACGGCUACAGGUUCAGAUCAAAGAGAUCGAACGCAUGCCCGGGAAAUAAAAGGCGCUCCAGCGAACCCAAGGCACGUCCAGAAUACGCAGCUUCGGCCGUUGUUGCAUCAGCUUGGUUUCCAGGCCACGUGGUACACUAA